AAAUUACUAAACAUGUUGUAUUUCUUGUUUUAUUUUGUUAAAAUGUCGUUAUAUAAAACGAAUGGUCCCCACAAACGAUCUCAGUACACAUCGACUUUUAUAAAGAUGCUUCGCCUAACAGCGUGCUUGUUGUUGACGUCAGCAGCCCUCGCUCAACACUAUGGCCCCUCCGGUGCAUCAAGCAGCGUCCCGAUGGACUUCAACGAUGACAUUUACAACAGAGAUCUUCGGAUCCAGCCAUCUUCCAAUUUCUUCUACAACUUCCAGCAAGCACGCAUUGAUCAACCCCCACAAGUAGAAGUACGAGAAGAAAACCUUGGCAAGUACAUGGGACGGCCACGACCAUCGACCACGGCCAUGCCCAUCCCGAAACUCGACCAAGAAUAUGUCCCAGACAUGAACACCGUGCAUCUUCAUCGGCUUGCAGACAAAAACAGUGUUAGCACCAUGACUCCUUAUGUGCCCCUGGGCCCGUACAACGCUCAUUUACCAGCGACGAUGCCGCCUCCACCUACCACACCGAGAUGGAUGGAUUUAUCUGACGAUAGUUUUAGAAACCAUGCUCACCACAAACCUAGCAGGUAUGCUGCUAAGCCCGUAAACACGUACCAGCCUGCCUCAACCCCGGCGCCUGUGCAGCCUACCUACCAGCCUGCGAGUAUGCCUCUCUCGUACAACGAUGGCAUGUAUAGCCAACAACAGCCAAUGCCAAUGGAGAUGAGUUACCAGAACCAAAUGCCUCAAUACUACGACUCCACUACUGAGAACGUAAUGCACGGUGAUCGUUACGUUCGAGAGCCCGCAGCAGGGCGAGGUAGAGGAAGCCACAAGUUCAGCAUGAAUGACCUUCAGCUGGUGCCAACCGAGCCACCCCAAGUGAUGAACACCAUGCGGCCAGCCGGCCCUGCCUCUGUCCAGAAACGCCCUCCACCAUCAAUUCCUACGCUGACGCCUUGGUCUGGUGACUCUUUCGGAAAAUGAACGGCAACAUAAUUACGGACAGUAGUAAUAAAUUAAGUAACAAGACUA